AUGACUAGUAACCAUAAGGAUUCUAGUACCCCUGGUCCCUUUGAGGAUGAUCUGGCACAGAUGACGACCUGUGACAUGAACUUGACCAUGGAUAUGGAAGGCUCUCCAGUGGUGGUACUACCUCUCAGGGUACAAGUGGCUCAGCCAAAUUUGAAUGAUGAUGCCACUUUUGAAAGAACACCCAAACCUCCAAUGUGGUUGGUAGUAUCUGCUAGGGAGGAAAAUUAUAAUUACCACAAAUUUAGCAGAUACAUCCAAAAAAAGGUUGGCUGUAUUGACAUGGGGAACAUCUCAAGGUUUGGCAAAGGCAGUGUCCUAAUUCAUGCCAAAUUAAAGACACAGUCAUACAUGCUGACAAUGAAGAAAUUCGAGAAAGAUGAUAAUAUGAAAGAAAUUAGACCACACAUGAAUUUUAGUUGUGGAAAAGGAAUGGUAUUCGAUAGAGACCUUUGUGAACUGACAGAAAGAGAAAUAUUAGAAAUCAGUCCAACAUCUGUAUGGAAGGUAAGAAAAGUCCCAAAGGCAAAUAUGGUCAUUUUAACGUUUGAGGACUCUGAUAUACCAUCAUACAUCAAUUUAGGAAAUGAGAGGGUCAAAGUCAAACCAUUUUUGUUAAAACCGCUGCAGUGCUACAACUGUUUUCAAUAUGGCCAUCCAUCCAGAUUCUGCAAAAACAAUAAACUCUGUAAUAAUUGUUCAGCUCCUGAAUAUGGUCCUUGUUCGAAACAGCCAAAGUGUAUUAAUUGUGAAGAGAAUCAUACCCCAUUCAAUGAAAAGUGCAGCCAAUAUAAAUAUGAAGAGGCAGCUAUAUGUACAGCUAAUGCUGAACAUAUAAGUAUUAGUUACACAAGAAAGUUAAUUAGUCAGACAAAGACAUAUGCUAUGGCUCUAAAUUCUGUAGCCCCUAUAAAAACUCAAGUCAACAACGUAGCACCUUUACCUGCAGUAAAAGCAAGAACUACUGAUACCCAGUCAUCUGAUCUAGGUGAUCGGCCGGUUAGGGUUGAAGCACCCCUAUCUAAGAAAGAUGUGCCUGCUGAUAUAGACUCAUCUCCAAUUGAUGAAAUCCUCCCUGUGUCUGUUCCUUCUCUUCAGCAAGAAACCCUUGAAGAAAUGGAACAAGAACAAACUAGAGGGCCAAAGAGAGAGAGAACUGUAACGACAGUGAUGCCAACAGUGAGGAUGCUCCUGCCCCUGAAAUAA